AGCGCCGCAUAUAAAGGAUGCCGGGGAGGCAAACAGAUCAGUUCUAUGUUGGUUUACUGAAGGGAUUCGAUCUAUUCGACUCGCGCAUUCGUGACCAUCAUAUAUAGAAAUCAUGUCAGCGGCCGAACCGGAAAUGAUAGCUGGAUCCGCUGCCGCUGCGGCAUCCACCGGUACAUCGGCGUCUAUCGUUUUCUUGUCUCUCUUGGUACCGGCUUUGGUUCUGUAUUACAUCUACUUCAAGAUUUCACGCCGCCAUAUGAUCGAGCUGGCGGAAAAAAUACCGGGUCCAGAAGGCCUGCCAGUGAUCGGAAAUGCGCUGCUGCUCCUAGGAAGUUCGGACACCAUGUUUCGUAACUUGUACAGAAAGUCUUUCGAGUACGAUCAGAUCAUCAAGCUGUGGCUCGGACCGAAGCUGCUGGUCUUCCUGAUGGACCCGCGCGACGUUGAGAUCAUCUUGUCUAGCCAUGUCUACAUCGACAAGUCCACCGAAUAUCGUUUCUUCCAGCCUUGGCUCGGAAACGGUCUCCUCAUCUCCACCGGUCCGAAAUGGCGAGCCCAUCGCAAAUUGAUCGCGCCGACGUUUCACUUAAAUGUACUCAAGAGCUUUAUUGACCUCUUUAAUGCCAACUCACGUGCGGUGGUGGAACGGAUGCGUAAGGAGGGCGACAAGGAAUUCGACUGUCACGACUACAUGUCCGAGUGCACCGUCGAGAUCCUCCUCGAAACCGCCAUGGGGGUCUCCAAGUCCACGCAGGACCGAAGUGGCUUCGAAUACGCCAUGGCCGUUAUGAAGAUGUGCGACAUUCUCCACCUGCGUCAUACGAAGGUUUGGCUCAGGCCGGACUGGCUGUUCAAUCUCACAAAAUACGGGAAAGAUCAGAUCCGUUUAUUGGAGAUCAUUCAUGGGCUCACGAAGAAGGUCAUUGCGCGCAAGAAGCAGGAGUUCAAGAGUGGCAAGCGCAAUAUUAUCGACGACUCCGUGCAAAAUGGCAACGCCAAGACCGCUAAAGUUACCUCUGUGGAGGGACUUUCCUUCGGGCAGGCAGCCGGCCUGAAAGACGAUCUCGACGUGGAUGACAAUGACGUUGGCGAGAAGAAGAGGCAAGCUUUCCUCGAUCUGUUGAUGGAGGCCGGUCAGAACGGUUCUAUCCUGACGGACGAGGAGGUCAAGGAACAGGUCGACACUAUCAUGUUCGAGGGACACGACACGACCGCAGCUGCAUCCAGCUUCUUCUUGUCGAUGAUGGGCUGCCAUCCGGACAUUCAGGAGAAGGUCAUCCAAGAAGUUGAUGAAAUCUUUGGCGAUAGCGACAGACCUGCAACUUUCCAAGACACUCUUGAAAUGAAGUACCUCGAGCGAUGCCUCAUGGAGACUCUUCGCAUGUACCCACCUGUGCCUGUCAUCGCGCGUACGAUCAAUACCGACUUGAAGCUCGCGUCGGGAGACUAUACGAUCCCAGCUGGAACUACGGUGGUAGUGACGACCUUCAAGAUGCACCGGCAGCCACACAUCUAUCCGAACCCAGAGGUCUUCAAUCCUGACAAUUUCCUGCCAGAGAAGACCGCCAAUCGUCACUACUACGCUUUCGUGCCGUUCUCCGCCGGGCCGCGUUCCUGCGUGGGCCGCAAAUACGCCAUGCUCAAGCUGAAGAUUAUCCUGUCCACGAUCAUGAGGAACUUCCGUGUCAAAUCGGACAUCAAAGAGUCCGAUUUCAGACUCCAGGCCGACAUCAUCCUCAAGCGGGCGGAGGGCUUCAAGAUCAGGCUGGAACCGAGGAAGCGGGCGGCCGCCACCGCCUAAAGCGGCGUCCCUCCUCCGUCCAGAUAGAAUAUAAAACUCAUGACAAAGACUUUACUCAUCACUUAAAAGUUGGAUGAAUAAAGUCAUACUAAUGUGUCAUGAUGAUUUUAUUCGCUAUUACUCAAAAGUUGAACAUGUCCAGAUAACAUCGCGAUGUCAUUAUGAGUUUUAUGUUCUACUUAGGCGUUUACGUGUAGUUGAGUAGAGGAGCACGAGGGCGAAGAAACUAGAGUUCCUAUACUCUAGAAGAAACGAGCCGCGAAUUUCCGAGUCCCGUCGAUGGCUCACGGUGGAGAAUUUCUCGAUUAAUCGCAACUCGUGCGCGAAACAAACGCUAUUAGCUAUAUGUACAUGUUGUAUAUUACUGCUCGUUGUAUGACGCAUAUUGCUUAUGUUGAUAUUUAUCUCUUGCAAUAAAUGCGGCAUUUUCUACGCCGCGAAAUCUGA